UGGAGAGAAAGUCUGAAAGUCAACAACACCACCAAUCCACCCAAUUCAUGCUGCAUUCUCUGCAUAGAUUGUUGCACUAUGGCGCUCCCUUUGCCGUCGGGUCUGGCCCCCGCAGAGGUUGCCUUUUUGUGUGAGAUGGAAUUGGUGACGGUGGUGCCUCGUCAGCAGCUGAAGAGCCAUGAGUUGCUUGGGGUAAGUUUUGUUGGUACCAAUACCAGGACCCCGCCAUAGCAACCUUGAACCCCUCCACCUCCACACACCGCAGCAUCAUGUCUCGCUCGAGUACAUCGGCACCUGAGCACAACAUACCCGCCUCCUACAAAAAACUGCUGGCCUCUCACCCACUGUCUGUGGUCCAAAGCUGAUUCAUUGAAUUUCAGGGUCCAACUCCAGCUCUACGUCCACCCCAUCGCGCUCCUCUUCCUCUUUGGCUGGCUCUCCUUUUGAAGCGUCAACGGCGAGCCAAUAUCCUGCCUCCACCUUGGUUACUUCCUCAGUCCCUGGAGAAAAUUCUGAAAUACGAGACGGACACUCCAUCGGUCUUUUCCCCUCCACCACCUCAUCCGUAUCCGAUUGGAGCACUUCCUGCAGACACCGACCACAUCUCACCUCCUUUUUUAUCCUCGAGUACGGCCGAUGCGCCUGCAGGCUAUCUCCCAUACCAUUGGUUAGAACUGGGAGAGAUUCUUCUGGAAGCGUGUAGUGAUGAUAUACCCGAAGCGGAUAAAGUGAGGACUUUGCUGCGAGAUUUACGUGAAGUUCGUAUAUCAAAGAUAAGGGAAGUCACAAAAGUACUCGAAGGAGGUGGGGUGGUCUCACUGAAAGGUGUUGGUGCAAUGGAAGUAGCUGAAGGGCGACAGUUCACAGUUGGAGUCAUGGAUGGUCUGCGAAAACUUGGGGCCAGCAGAGAAACAGAAAGACGAAGACGACAAGAAGACGGGGAAUCGGGUGGUGGACGCAGUGAUGACGACGAAAUGGAAAUGGAAAUGGAGUAAUGAUUCUGGACUUCCGUGCAAGGACUGCAUACAUCGGGAUAAUAGGCGCCGGAGUUGGGACGAGGACCAUUAUUUCCUCUAUUUUGAACUUCACAUACAAUUUGGUUGUCUGCAUACACACCUGUUACAUUAAUUGCGUGCUCGAUGUUACGCGACUUUGAUCUACAAUCUGCCGAGGGUACCACGAAGUAUCAAUGGUUACAAGCGUAUGGGUGUCCUACAGAUUGGGCCACGCUAACUGCAAGCACAGGAAUCUCAUCCGGUUGAUCCGGUUGAUUAUUUUUAUGAAUCAAGCUUCCCUUGUGGGCCCGCAAAUAUUUCUCCUCUGCUGUGGUUAGAGCCAGGAUGGAAACUCCGAGAGCACUGAAAUUUUCCUACUGGGACGAGAACCUUGAAUCGUUCUACUUCACAACCACCAUUGUACUUUGUCAAAGCUGAUUGAUUAGCUUACACCAUAUACCAUACUACUGUUAUCUAGGCUCGUCACCCACUGCAGAUCUGCCCAUCUGUAUUUCGCUCACAUGUCAAAUAUUCAGCCGGUCAAAUGCCAGCUGGAAAAGAACGAAGCGAAGAAGACCAAAAUGUUUUGAGCCCGUGCAUGUACGUACGACGCUGAAAGCUUAUGUUACCCCGUGCUCGGUGUACUCGAGAUUAGCGAAGCACGAGUCCGCUGAAGGUCCUUCAGCAGUCUCUUCAUCCUUGCCAUACGGUGAUCAAAUCUUUGAACCCGAAAUUCGUGUAUCGUCGUGACUUUAUUGUGUCUUAUGUCUUUUGUUCUUUGUUGGAUUGAUAUGAGUGAUUAUAUGUCAUUGGAUGAUUUCGGAACUUUCUGAUUUUUAGGUGUUGUUGAGUCAGAUGUCACUGUGUGGUGCGAUGU